GGCCAAUUUGUAUGUUUUGGCAUAAACAACAAGGACACCACACCCUGAAUCUUCACUUCUGUACAUAGUACAAUUGGGGGAUCGCGCAUACUCAUCUCCAGUGAAGCCCAGUCGUCAAAAGCAGUAUUGACCGCCUCCAAUCAAUCACAGUUGGCUCUUUCCGCCUUUCCUUACGCCUGCGCAUCACCACGACACCCUGUCAACAAAUACAUACAAUCUCUACAGUUUGCACGCCCUUCUCUCACUAGGAUAGUUCCAACUUGCGCGGAUCGCCAUCAAUAUGGCCCUCAGAGACAUCUACCAGCGCUUCCUCGACCUCCCAAACCCUCUCUCCCUCUCUCAAAAUGCAAGUCUUCACUACAUCACAACUCUCACCUCCUUCUCUCAACCCACACAAAUCAUCCGACAUCUUGAGAUUCAGAAUAAAAACGUGGUGAGCACGAAGUCUGUCAAAGUCAUCUCGGCUGUGGAGGGCACAAAUUCUCUCGCAUUGGAGGUUGAGACGAUCCUCGAAUUCAUUUCAGGAGGCGGAACAUAUCUACCAGGGCUGGAGAAUUUCAUUGUUGACAAGAUCGCCAUUAUUCCCACAACUCAUUUCGUCCACUUCGAUGCUGAACGGAAGAUCUCCCAAAUAAGGAUCAGCUGGGAUCAAGCAUCGCUAUUGAGACAGGCCGAGGUCAUCGGUUCUAGGGGAAACCAGUGGCCUGUAUUCGACGGAAAAGAUCAGAUCAGACUCAUUACCUUCAGUUCCAACGCUGCUCCCACAGUCGCGGCUGAGGUGCCUACCAGUCAACGUGGUCGGUCGGAGGUCCCAAGCGUUGCGGCAUCCCGCAAUGUUUCGCCCAGCAAGAAGCACAUCAAAGAUCCAUAUGCAAGCCUCGAUCUGUUCUCGCCCAAAGCCACUGAUGAGAAUCGAUCCCCUGUGAGCGCCAACCCUGUUGCGCCACGAGCCUCAGCCAGACCGCCUCCUCGCGAGAUGAGCGAACUGUUCGCAGCCGGACAUGAGGAUCAUGAGCCGGGAUCGCCCAAGAAGAUUUCAGUCGAACCUGUCAUUGCGCCAAAGGCUGGUGGCAGAGGAAAGUUUGCCCCUUCACGUUUGUUCUCAGAUGAGUCAGAUGAGCCUGCGGCUGUGGGUUACAAGUCGGAUCCUGCCAAAUACAAUCACUUCGACUUGGGUGAAGCACUCGAGCACGACCCGAUGCAACAUCGAGAGAAUGGAGCAAAGUCGAAUGCCGUCCCUCUGCGGCCGAAGACCACGAAGGGUCAGUCGCAGUGGGGGUUUGAAGACUUCUCAACACCGCCCAAGGUGCCACAAAAGGUUCGAGGCCAAGAUGUGGUGCAUUUCAGCAUGGGAAGCAACAACAGCGACUUUGAGACUCCACAAGCAAACAAAGUCGCGCCAAAGCCACGCCGCGACAAUGAGAGUCACUUUGAACUUCAGGAUGAUGGUACACCUGUCCAGAGACACGCCGUGCCAAAAGCACGCAAGGAUGCCGAGGCGCACUUUCAAUUCAGAGACACGGAUACACCGGCUGCCAAUCGUACCUCCAGUCGUCCCACGACCUCGGCCAGCGAUCGGUCAGGGUUGUAUGCGAACAACGUCAUUGAGGAGGGCGACGAUGGCAAGGCUCAACCGCUAUCGACCAUCACCCACAAUACCAGUCGUAAAAAUACUUUCGACAGCCACUGGAAUAUGUCGGACGAGGCCGGUGUUGAUGGGAAACUCAACAAUGAGAAUGGCCAUGUUGGAGAGACCCGAAAGAAGGCCGCUGAGAUGAUGAACGCUGGUUGGGAUACCUAUGACCAUAGACCAGAGCAGGCUAAGAGGUCAUCUGUGCAACAAGGCCAGAAGAAAAACAUGGAGAGUCACUGGAGACUCGGAGAGGAUGAGCCGCAACCUCCCAGACAAAAUCAGAACCAGAGCAAGCCCCAGAAGAGUUUUUGGGACUUUUGAGGUGGCGCAUAUCAGACGGUUGGAUCAAUGAUGGCUCAAAGAAACCGACUUUUGGAAGAAGAUGCAUCAUGACUGAUGGCACUGGAAUUGAGGCGUGUUUGUAUAGCCCUACAUCCACACGAGUAUUGGUGUAAAUGUGUAGAAAACUGAAGAAGGUGUUGCGCUGCUUGCUGCGGCCUGACAUCAUUAACAUACCAAUCUGAUAUCCAAACCUUGGGACACACCUCCUUGGCCACCCCCAGAGUCUAGGGGCCACCACGGUGUGGUUUACAGGCAGGUUCCAGGUUAGUAAGAACUUUAUCAAUAGGCGUG